AUGGCGUCGACGGAGCAAUUGGUUUUGGGUGCAGGAGGCGGAGGAGGAGGAGGGGGCGGACCUAAAUACGUGCAAAUGCAAUCGGAGCCUCCGUCGUCGUUGCCGAUGAUGAUGUCAUCGUUCCUCUCGUUUCAUCAAAGCGGAGGCGAGCCAGCUCGAAUAUUCGACGAGUUGCCCAAGGCCACUAUAAUUCAGGUCUCUCGCCCCGAUGCCGCCGAUAUUAGCCCCGCCAUGCUUACUUACACUAUUGAAUUUCAAUACAAACAGUUCAAGUGGCAGUUGAUCAAGAAAGCACCACAAGUAUUUUAUCUGCAUUUUGCAUUAAAAAAACGGGCGCUUAUGGAGGAAAUUCAUGAAAAGCAGGAGCAGGUUAGGGAAUGGCUUCAAAAUCUAGGAAUAGGUGAUCAGCCAACAGUUAUGCAAGAUGAUGAAGAAGCAGAAGAUGAAACAGUUCUGGCUCGCAAUGAUGAAAGUUUCAAGAACAGAGAUGUACCAUCAAGUGCUGCGUUGCCAAUAAUCCGACCAGCUUUAGGACGGCAGCAUUCUAUGUCUGACCAAUCAAAAGCUGCAAUGCAAGGUUAUUUGAAUCAUUUUCUCAGCAAUAUGGAUAUCGUGAAUUCUCGUGAGGUUUGCAAAUUUUUGCAAGUCUCAAAAUUAUCGUUCUCACCGGAGUAUGGUCCUAAGCUGAAGGAAGAUUAUCUUAUGGUGAAGCACUUACCGAAAAUCUAUAGAGAUGAUGAGCAUCAGAGUUGUUGUUCAUGUCAUUGGUUCAAUUGUUGCCAAGACAAUUGGCAAAAGGUCUGGGCUGUCCUCAAACCUGGAUUUCUGGCCUUUCUAAAAGAUCCUUUUGAUUCACAACCUCUAGACAUAAUUGUCUUUGAUGUGCUGCCAGCAUCAGAUGGCAAUGGUGAUGGUCGGGUAUCAUUGGCAGUAGAAGUAAAAGAUGGCAAUCCAUUGCGCCAUUAUUUUAGAGUGUCAUGUGGGAUCCGCCGCAUCAAGUUACGAUGCAAGACAGGUGCCAAAGCUAAAGAUUGGGUGGCUGCCAUUAAUGAUGCUGGCCUUAGGCCACCAGAGGGGUGGUGUCACCCUCACCGUUUUGGUUCAUUUGCUCCUCCUCGAGGUUUAACUGCAGAUGGUAGUCAGGCUCAAUGGUUUGUUGAUGGUCGAGCAGCAUUUGAGGCCAUUGCUUCAGCAAUUGAGGAUGCAAGAUCAGAGAUAUUUAUAUGCGGUUGGUGGCUGUGCCCUGAACUUUACAUGCGUCGUCCAUUUACUUCUCGCACAUCCUCCCGGCUUGAUUCUUUGUUGGAGACAAAAGCAAAGCAAGGUGUUCAGAUUUUUAUCCUCCUAUACAAAGAGGUCGCUCUAGCGUUGAAAAUUAAUAGUGUCUAUAGCAAGAAGAAGCUUCUUGGCAUCCAUGAGAAUGUUAGAGUACUUCGGUAUCCAGAUCAUUUUUCUUCUGGCGUCUAUCUGUGGUCACACCAUGAAAAGAUUGUCAUUGUUGAUCAUCAAAUAUGCUUUAUUGGUGGAUUAGACCUGUGCUUUGGACGCUAUGAUUCAUUUGACCACAGAAUUGGUGAUUAUCCUCCCCAUAUUUGGCCUGGAAAGGACUAUUACAAUCCGAGGGAAUCAGAACCGAAUUCUUGGGAAGAUACAAUGAAAGACGAAUUGGACCGGGAAAAAUAUCCACGUAUGCCAUGGCAUGAUGUUCAUUGUGCUCUCUGGGGGCCACCUUGCCGUGAUAUAGCCCGUCAUUUUGUUCAGCGUUGGAAUUAUGCCAAGAGAAAUAAAGCUUUGUAUGAGGAGACGAUUCCACUGCUAAUGCCACAGCAUCAUAUGGUUAUUCCCCACUAUCAGGGAAUGAGCAAAGCGAUUGAUGGUGUUAAUGAGGAUGUCGAAAACAUUCGUAAAGAGUUCAAAAGGCAGGAUUCGUUUUCAUCGAGGUCAUCUUGCCAGGACAUUCCAUUGCUCAUGCCUCAAGAAGCAGAUGGGCAUGAUGCUUCGUCGAAGGGAGAACUGCUAAAAGUAGAUGGCUCGAUUAAGGAACAUGGUUCUCAUGAUCAAGCUGCUGGUAGGCCCAGUAAAAGUCCUUUCUCUUUCAGAAAAUCAAAAAUUGAGCCAAUGAAUCCAGAUAUGCCAAUGAAAGGUUUCGUGGAUGACAUUAUUGACUCCUCAAAUAUGCGUGAAGAGUUGUCUUCUAUGCAUAAAGGGAUUAUUCCUUCAGAUAAUGAAUGGUGGGAAACACAGGAUCGAGGUGGUCAAGUUGACCCAGCAGAUGAAACUGGACAAGUUGGUCCUCGCGUACCAUGUCGAUGCCAGGUGAUAAGGAGUGUUAGUCAGUGGUCAGCUGGCACUAGCCAAACAGAAAAUAGCAUUCACAAUGCUUACUGUUCUCUCAUAGAGAAGGCAGAACACUUUGUGUAUAUUGAGAACCAAUUCUUCAUCUCAGGUCUUUCAGGAGAUGAGAUAAUAAAGAACCGCGUACUGGAAGCACUAUACCGUCGCAUUAUGCGAGCCUACAAUGAAAAGAAGUGCUUCAGGGUUAUAGUUGUCAUACCUCUUCUUCCAGGAUUUCAGGGUGGUGUGGAUGAUGGUGGUGCUGCAUCUGUGAGGGCUAUUAUGCAUUGGCAGUAUAGAACUAUAUGCAGAGGCCAUAGUUCAAUAUUGCACAAUCUUUAUGAUCUCAUUGGGGCUCGACUGCAUGACUAUAUAUCCUUCUAUGGUCUUAGAUCCCACGGUAGACUUUUUGACGGUGGUCCUGUUGCCACUAGUCAGGUUUACGUGCAUAGCAAGAUUAUGAUUAUUGACGAUUGUACAACCCUGGUUGGGUCAGCUAACAUCAACGACAGAAGUUUACUUGGCUCUAGGGACUCUGAGAUUGGUGUACUUAUUGAGGAUAAAGAAAUGGUUGAUUCGUUUAUGGGAGGCAAACCUUGGAAGGCUGGAAAAUUUUCAUCAAGUUUGCGGCUUUCUCUAUGGGCUGAACACCUUGGACUUCGAGUUGGGGAGGCCCGUCAAAUAGUCGAUCCGGUGAUUGAUUCAACCUAUAAAGAUAUAUGGAUGGCAACUGCCAAGACUAAUACCAUGAUCUACCAAGAUGUGUUCUCUUGUGUGCCAAAUGAUCUGAUCCAAUCAAGGGUUGCACUAAGACAAAGCAUGGCAUAUUGGAAAGAAAAACUAGGUCAUACCACCAUUGAUUUAGGGAUAGCCCCAUCUAAGUUGGAAUCCUAUCAGGAUGGGAGUAUUUAUAGCACAGAUCCCAUGGAAAGGUUAAGAGCAGUAAAGGGGCAUCUUGUUUCAUUCCCUUUGGAUUUCAUGUCAAAGGAAGACUUGAGACCUUUUUUCAAUGAAAGUGAAUACUAUGCAUCACAACAAGUGUUCCACUAA